CUGCCAAUCCAAACCCCUCCCCCUCUUCAUUAUUAUAUCUUCCUCAUCCAGCAAACACAUCAAUCCCACUUCCAUUUAUACUGAAGCUUCUUUCCAAGCUCUAUACCCUCCAAGCUUCUAUGGCUAAGUCACGAGAGGAUCCCAGUUUCUGGCUCCCAUAUGAUUUCCUUACAACACACGAUGUUAACUUCAUGAACCAGAAAGACCCCAGCUUCCGCAGAACCCCUACAGACUCAUUGCCGACCGAGUUUCCGUACGAGUUCGACUCGUCUGGUUUCAACUCGGCCUUUAGUUCGCCGGUGGAGUCAGAUGUGGGCUCCAUCGAGAAGGAGCGCAGCAGCGACGAGGACUCUCUCGCCGGGCUAACUCGCCGACUGGCUCAGUCUUCCCUCAGCCAAACUCAGAACCUCUCCGUCCCCAGCUUCACUCAAGAAAAGCAGCCUGAGUGGGUCAUGUCCGGGUCGCCUCAGUCAACUCUGAGCGGAAUAGGGAGCUGGUCGGGCAACGGAAGCCCGUCGGCGCCUUCUUCCCAGGUGCCAUCUCCCCCAACGACGCCGUUCGGAAGUCAGAACGACACCUGGGACCUGAUUUACGCCGCCGCCGGACAAGUUGCCAGGUUGAAGAUGAACAGUGUCGAUGGUGCUGCCAAAUUCACUAACCCAAGUCCUUCACUUCCUUGCGUCCAAAACCAAUCCCCCUACACUCAGUUUCAGCAAGUUAGACAAGAGCAAGUUGUACAGUCACAGUGUUCUUCUCCAUGGGGGAAACCGAUGAAGCUUAACUGGUCAGCUCAGCAGCAACAGAUCCAAAACAGAAGGAGAAACAUAGUUGGAUUUGAAAGUGCAAGAUGUGGGCAUGGUAUGAGUUCGCCGCAAUCUCAAAAUGCAUGGCCUCCACUUCAAGCUCAGCACCAAAAACAACAACAGCCGCAUCGUAAUACCCGGCUCGUUUUGCCCAAUGGGUCUAAUGUCAAGAGGGAAUCAACCGGCACCGGCGUCUUUUUGCCUCGCCGGUACACCAACCCCAUUCCCACUCCUGAGCCGCCUCGCAAAAGAGCAGGUUGCCCAACUGUUUUGCUCCCUGCCAAGGUGGUUCAAGCUCUGAACUUGAGCUUUAAGGACAUGAAUGGACAUUAUCAGCAACAACAUCUUCAGCCGCGCUUCAACAACACUGCUUUGGCUCCAAACCAUGAAGAUUUGGUGGCAAGAAGAAAUGCCCUUUUGACUCAGCGGAGAAGGGGUUUAAGGCAAGAAGGGCCACUAAGCCAUGAGGUGCGCUUGCCUCAAGAAUGGACCUACUGAUCUGAACUGACCCUGCUAUUCUGGCUAUUCCGGCUAUUCCAUUCCAAAGGGGUUUUGUGACUUUGGUUUUGUUGGGCAAAAGCAAAAGAUAAAGCAAGUUGUCAUAAAAUGCGGUAGUGUAGCAGCAGCAGCCGAGUUUGUGAUAUUUGGUUUUAUUUAUAUAUACUUAGUUCAGGAUCAAUAAAGAUGAUGAUGUCCAGGUUUUUUAAUGGAGGAUGUUGCAGUAGCUUCUGUGGGGGGCUCUCUAUCUAUAUAGCUUUUAGAUCUUUAGAUCAAGGAAGAAGAAGAAGAAUGUGUUGUAAUAAAUCGGCUAGGUUUUUGGAGGGUAUUCAAAUAUCUUGAUGUAAGUGAAAUUUCACAACCCCUCUUGUAAGAUUCUUCUACUAAUAAGAAAAGUAU